AAAGUUUGUUCAUAUUGAGUUGAGGAUAGAAAGUUCCCUGGAUGAAAGAUAAGUUCCGAUGCUGUUAGUAUAGUAGUUCGGCAGGUGGAUUUCAAAAACAAUGAUGAGUACGCCGAGGUCUCCGUCAGGCUGCGUAACGGCACCGACAAAGCACGUGGAAGUACCGUACUGGACAUGGAUACAAACAUACGCAAAGGAAUCUCCGAAGGCAUGCAGGUGCAGAUCGAACUCGCCAGUAAAGUAGGAAAUGAAUACAUUGUGAUGCACAGUACAAAAAUCGAUAUCUGCGGCCAUAAGGAAAAUCUUAUGGCUGAUCCACUCUACUCUAUGCUGAUUGUUGAGAUGACAAAGUAUGGAAAUAUGAGCAUCGAUUGUCCGAUCGAAAAGGGAAAUUACUUCGUUCGUGGUUUUCAUGCGGAUGAUGAAAAUAUGAUGGUGAAGAUGGCUCCCUACGGUGAUUAUCGAAUGGAUGUUGAUUUAAAACAUUUGGAAAAAGGAAGCAAAGAACCAACUCCUGUGUUUGAUAUGAAAAUGUACGCUACUUUCAUGGCAGAAUAACCACGACAAAGUGUAAUCAAAUAAAAGACGGAUUUAGGAAAUAAAAAUAUAACGGUACAGCUUGUUCACCUUGAAGAAUAUUGUAAAUAAUAUAUGA